GCGAUUCUGCACUUUCGCGGCUCCCAUUCUGUUUGUGUAUCGCUUUUCCUUGGUAUUCGAGACCGACAUAAUUGCUUUUUCAAAUCUAAUUGUAAGAGAAGGUCUUAUACAUCAAAUUUGCUAAUUUGCCGAUGUGGUGCAAAUCACCGCUUGGCCAGUAUGCUUGACACUGUGGAACUGAGGAAGGGCAGAAAGCAAAGAGGUCCAGCCACGAGACGCCGUGGCGAAAUGAAGACUGAGGGCGGAACCAUCCCCGACUCGACCAUCUCGCCGCCGCUGAUGGACUCACCGUCGCCCGACUCGCACGCGGCCGCGAUGGCCGCCGCGGCGGCCGCCUUCUCCGGCCUCGCACACCCCCUGCUCAGCUCGCCCGCACACGCGGCCGCCCUCCUGCGAGCCUCAGCGGCCGCCUCUCAAACGGCCGCCCUGAUGGGCCUCCUGCCGGCCAGCCUGGCGGCCGGCGGCGCUUCCGCGGGCAUGCCCGUGCACCUGCACGCCACCCUCGCCUCCAGCCCCGGCCUCUUCCAAAACGGCGCCCUCUUCAACUGGUCAAAACUGGCGCCGACCUCGAGUUCGCCGGCACCGGCGGCCAAGGCGCCCAAGAAGCGGAAGGCGCGAAACGCUAAAGAACCGAGUCCCGAGGUCAGUCGGACGGAGCCCUCGCUGAUGUCCUCCCCAGCGACGCCGCCCGAGGCGCCAAAGGCGCUUAGCUCGGGCGGCAGCAGCAGCGGCGGCACCGAGGGCGGCGCCGGCGGCCGCGACAAGGUGUUCGAGUGCCGCGUGUGUCACCGCUGCUUCGGCUACAAACACGUGCUGCAGAACCACGAACGCACCCACACCGGCGAGAAACCGUUCGCGUGUCCCGAGUGCAACAAACGCUUCACCAGGGACCACCACCUGAAGACGCACAUGCGGCUGCACACCGGCGAGAAGCCCUACCACUGCACGCACUGCGAGCGGCAGUUCGUGCAGGUGGCCAACCUGCGGCGCCACCUCAGGGUGCACACCGGCGAGCGGCCGUACGCGUGUCAACUGUGCACGUCGCGCUUCUCCGACUCGAACCAGCUCAAGGCGCACAUGCUCAUCCACAAGGGCGAGAAGCCCUUCGGGUGCAGCCGGUGCGGCGGCCGCUUCCGCCGCCGCCACCACCUCAUGCACCACAAGUGUCCCGACGCCGUCGCCUCCAGCACGGCCGGCUCCUCGCCGCCCAUGGACGAGGACGACUCGGGCAACAGCAUGGAGUUCGACGAACCCCUCUUCCCCAAGCAGCGCCUGGUGCGCGUCGCUGCCACCACUGAGGUGCCGACUGAGACUGGAAACUGCCAGAUUCCCGAACAGACGGAGCCUGAGGACCUGUCCAUGAGCACGUUGCUCAGCACCAACAACAACACAAUCCACGUCGCGGCGCGGCGCAUCGCGUCCAGUGUCAGCGUCAGCAGCUUGUUCAGCUCGUCGGACGACGACGACGCCAUCCACGGUAAGCUGUUGUCGCCGUCGUCGCCGCCGGCCGCCUUCAUGGGACACCCCAAAUUCCGCCACCAGCAACUAUCGGACGCGCCCAUUUCGCCCAUUUCGUAACAUCCGCAGAGGUUGCUAUGUAGAUUGUAAGUAGCUUAUUGUAAGCAAGAAAUUAUACAAAAGACCGCUCAGAGACUACCAAGAAAUUUAUCGAGAUAAAUUAAUAUCUGAAGAAAAAUAUUCAAAAGAGAGACCAUAGCUAAUUAUAUAUAAAAACAAAACUCAGGAGACUUUAUACAGGGAUUUUGACCACGAACGUGCUCAAAACUCACACUCUCUCAGAUGGAUAUAUGAUUAACACGUGUAUAACUAUGAUGAUAUAGUCCCAGCUUAACGUUUUUUAUAUCGCAUACGAUAUAUAUAUUAUAUGAUGUGUAUAAUUGUUUGUUCACUCAAAGUUCCUCGCGUUGGUUGAUUGAUUCGAUUCAAUUCUCAAUGAUUGUGUUUUUCGUUCCUCAUGCGACGCAUAUAUAGUUUUUUUUCCCUAGGUUUUUGAACAAUUUUGGAAAACGUCGGCAAGCGUGACGCUUGGCCGGCUCGGACUCGCGCUUAUAUGAUGAUUGAUUGUAUUACUAUUAUAUCUUGCACUACUUCCUGUGUUGGUUACCUCAGAGAGAAAAAAGAGACGCGCUCUCGGGGGCGAGAAAAGUGCACGCAUUAUUAACACAUACAUUUUUAUCCGCGCGGAUUAUAUAAUCGACACAAAACGUUUGAGAGCUACUUUUUAUCAAAAAGAAAAAACCUUCCGUAGGUCGUUGAACCACCCCAGGUAGAAUAUCUUUGUAUAAAAAAUAAUUUCGCGCCUCUCAAGUGGGCGCGCAUUUUUCAAUCGAAUAUAAAAGAUCGAGCCGGCCGAUGAUGAGCUCAGGCAAAAUUUUCAUCCCCUGACGCACAAAGCCGAGGGUUGUUUACCGCGGCAGGCAGAAAGUAUGUGCGAGAGCAACAGCCUUUUGCAGCAGGGUGGGGGUGAGAAAGAUGCUGCAACACUAGAGGGGGGACGGCGAAGGUACAAGUUCGUCGACCUUCCUUUCCUUGUUGCGUCUUCUCUCUCACUCUCCCCUGGUGGAUUUAAAAAAAUAUUUCUGCCGCCGCAAUUAUAUUUUGUUGUGAUGAUCGGCCCGAGAAAGGAUCUCGUUUCAUUUGCCUAGCGAGAGGUCCGGUCGGCCGGGGUAAACAACCCUGGGUUCUCACGCUUUAGCUCUCAAAGUGUUUUGUUAGCCCUGUUAUGCAACCAACGAAACAAUCAAAAGGUCGCUCACCCUGACCCUGUGAUGCUCCCUCCACUAUUAUUGAGUUCCGAUAAUGCGUGCAGUGAUCUUCCGCCCUUCCGAGAGGAUUACUAUUUUUGUUUUUGUGCCAAAACCUCAAGGUGCAUCUCGCUUAUUAUGAAAUAUGAUUUUUUUAUGUGUUAGUUUUUAGUCUAUAAGCAUGAAGACGUUAGUUAUGUUCAUUCUUCUUUAUUUCCGAGCGAAAAUAAAAACCAUUUUCAGU